UCGCUGUAUCCCAAUCAGUUUAUUUUGAGCCACGGUGGAAAACGAACGUACCUACCUAUUUAGUUACGCUGUUGAGUUGAUUUUGAUUUUUGUGAAAUUUUCCAUACAUAAUCUACCCGUGCAAUGGCAUCCAAAAUCCCCAACGCUAUCUUCAGCAACGGUAACAGCAUUCCGAUGAUCGGACUCGGAACGUGGAAUUCUCCACCGGGAGUGGUUGCACAAGCCGUAAAGGAUGCAAUUGAUAUCGGCUACCGGCACAUCGAUUGCGCCCACGUGUACCAAAACGAGCAUGAAGUAGGCGACGGAAUAGCUGCCAAAAUUCAAGAUGGAACAAUCAAGCGGGAGGACGUAUUUGUUACCAGCAAAUUGUGGAAUACAUUCCAUCGACCCGACCUGGUGGAAGGCGCCUUAAAAGUUACGUUGAAGAAUCUCAAGCUUGCCUACUUGGAUCUGUAUUUGAUACAUUGGCCGGUGGCCUACAAAGAAGGCGAUGACCUGUUCCCAAUGGGUCCUGAUGGCAAAACGUUCAUCUUCUCCGACGCCGACUAUGUGGAUACUUGGAAGGAAAUGGAGAAAUUGGUCGAUGCAGGGCUGGUAAAGAAUAUUGGUUUGUCCAACUUCAACUCGAAGCAGAUUCAACGAGUGUUGGACGUUGCCCGCAUCAAACCGGUUUGCAAUCAGAUUGAGAGCCAUGCCUAUCUUCAUCAAGCCAAACUGACUGCUUUUUGCGCUGAAAAGGGAUUAAUUGUGACAGCUUAUAGUCCCCUUGGAUCGCCGGCUAGACCGUGGGUCAAGAAGGAUGACAUUGUCCUGUUGCAUGAUCCCGAACUGAAGAAAAUCGCCGAUAAGCACGGUAAGGAGCCGGCACAGAUUCUUAUCCGGUAUCAAAUUCAGCUGGGCCAUGUGGUGAUCCCGAAAUCGGUGACCAAGUCUAGGAUUGCCUCCAACUUCGACGUGUUCGGUUUUGAGUUGGACGCUGAUGAUAUGAAGCAGUUGGGCGCGCUGGAACGGAAUGAACGCAUUUGUCCGGAGUUCGGAGCAUUCGGCCACCCACAUCAUCCAUUCGAGAAGGAGGAAUAAACUGUUUGGAUUGAACGAACCUAGGAGUACUUAUCCACAUGCAAAUUGAUGCGCUAUUCAGUCAAUUAGCAGCUUUACUCGAAAGCGUGCAGCAGAGAGCUAUUAUGUGCAAUUUCUAGUAGAUGCAUGCCAUAUUAUCAAGGUCGCUUGAGAGUAGAUCACAUUACAAUACUGUGAGCUAUCGCAGCUAUAAAUAAAUGUAUGAAACGUUA